AUGGCUUUCCUGAUGAUGUUGCUUUUCAGUCCGGUAGCUUUGGCCGGUGAUGAAGAGUUAGACAAAGAAAUAGCCGAAGUCCAACGUAAUCUGGAUGAGUCAGCUCGGAUGCUGGCUGAGUUAUAUCGUCAGCGGUAUUCUGCUGGGGAAGGCAAAGACCGGGCGAUGUUAGGGAUUCUGCUGGGUGAUGGCGCUGCUGACGGCGGCGUUGAGCUGUUUGGUGUGACCCCUGGCGGUGGUGCGGAUCAGGCGGGCCUCGCUGCGGGUGACCUCAUUGUAAAAAUGGAUGACCUGUCUAUCAGUGAAGCUAAGAGUCCGAUGCGUGCGCUCUCGAAUUAUAUGAAACAGGUGUCUCCUGGGGAUGAGGUGGAAGUAGUCUUUGACCGCAACGGAGAGCGUCAGACUGCAACCGUGACGACGCAGGCGCACUCCGCUCACAUGAUGACCAUGGUGCAGGAAAAAAUGGCAAAGCUGGGCGAUGUGUUGCCCGUUGAUCUUGAUUCGCUGGUGCUGAUGCCCGAUGGUGCGGGACACAAAAUGGUGUCCAAGACCAUCAUUUCCAGACAGUUGAUGUCUGUGGAUGGUGAUCUGGCGAGCUAUUUUGAUGUUGAUGCGGGUGUGCUGGUGGUAGAACCUGCGCCUGGUUCAGCACUGAAAGCGGGCGAUAUCCUGCUUGCAGUGAAUAAUGUUGACGUUACCGAUCUGGAUAUGGCCUACAAGCUUCUCGGCGAAGUCGAAGAUACAGCUGAAAUUGAAGUGAAACGCCGCGGUAAAAACCGCACACUCGACGUCAGCGCGGAUGAGCUGCUGGCAUCGGCGAACACAACCCAGACGCGCGUAAUCCGCAUCAAUGCACCGGAUGAAAACGGUAAAGAAGUGGUUGUUAAGAUUGAAGCUGCGCAAACGUCCGACAAUGUCACCCGGGCUGCCCCAGAUAUCACCAUCUACCACCUUGAAGGGCGACGUUCGGAACGGAUCGUCUGGCUGAUGGAAGAGCUAGGCAUGCCUUAUGAGCUGGUUUUCGAGAGAGGUGAUCUCUCCGCUUCCAUGGCAAACAUCCGUGCGGUUAAUCCCGAUGUGCCGAUGGCGCCAACAGUGCUCAUCGGUGAUCAGAUUCUGGUCGAGUCUGGUGCGAUUAUUGAAGUUAUUCUGAAUCGAUAUGCGCCAGAUAAGUUAACACCCGAACUGUUCUCCGCAGACUAUGCCAAUCACAUGAUGUGGAUGCAUUUUGCCGAAGGUAGUCUGGCUGCCCGGUUGUUCUCCGACUAUCGGACCUGGUUGCGUAACCCACCUACGGAACGUUCGCGCAUGGUCGAUUCCGAAGCAACCGUUCAAUACGCUGAAAACCACCUGGCUAAACACCCCUGGUUUGGUGGUGAACAGUUCUCUGCUGCUGACAUCAUGAUGAUGUUUCCUUUGAACGUGGCAACGGGACUGAAUAUCGUUGAUGAAGCACAGUUCCCUAACGUCGCAGCCUGGAAAAAGAAAGCGGAAGCGCGAUCCGCUUAUCAGCGCAUGUUAAAAGCAGCUCGACCCGAUGGCAUGAUUGGGAAUCUGCCCAGGCUGCCUGAACAUGCACCAUCCGGUCCGCGGUAA